AUGGAGCUGUAUGAGAUUGUGAAUGAUCACUCGUUGGAUGCAAUCAUCUCGUGGACCAACAACAGCAACAACAGUUUCAUCGUUUGGGAUGUCCCCCGGUUUUGCACAAAGAUUCUUCCCAAAUCUGUAGAGUUCGGCAGGAAUUUCUCAGAGUUUGUGUCCGAGCUUCGCCAUCAUGGUUUUCAGAGAAUCGGUUGGUUCGAGUUUGGGCAUAAUAACUUCGUGAGAAGUCGACCUUGGCUUUUGAAGAGGAUGGUGCCGAGCAAAGCUUGGGACGACAAGUUUGGUGCUAAACUCAAAGCGAAGAGAGACAAAGCCAAAGCAAAGAAAGCUAGAGCCAAAGUUGUUCGUCUCCUGGAGAAUUUACAAAUCUGA